AUGGAAUCUGCCACAGAUGCGCUGGUGUCUCCACUCGGUGCUCGAAAUCGCGUGGGAUUCAGGUCCAGACGUGGCCAGCUCCCUCGCUGGACAAAGCUGUGUGCCGCAGCGCUUACGGCGAUCCUCCUCAUCCUGUUGGGGAAGACCUGCUUUCAAGAGGAGCCAGACAUCAAUCCCGUUCACAGCAGAACGGAUGUCUCGGGCACGCUGCUGUGGACUGGCGAAGACUGCGACUCUUCCAGCCUGCAGCUUCGCGAGGCCGUCCACCGAAACCUGGGGGGCUUUGGCCCCGAUGACGGGGAGGAGAGUAUGGUCUACAGCCUUGUAGGCGAGAACGGCACGGAGAUCGAGAUGGUGCUCAUUGCGUUGAACGAGGACUACAGCCCCUGGCAUGCCCGGAAGAUGGGGAGCAGGGGCGGAAUCGCCAUGGUGUCCACCAUGGCAUCCAGCAGGCUUCUGGCGAAUGUGAGUUUUCGAUCGUCAAGCACCCGGGAGACUCUGGAGCUGCCUCAACUUGCGCUUUCGUUCUACGACAUGAACAUGAAGCACAAAGUCGACAGCAAAAAGGUCGUGAGGGUGUUUGACGUCAGGGGCAACUGGACCGAUGCCAUGCGAUCAAACGAUUCCUUAGUUUCUGUUCGGCAGAAUAUGAGUGAGGGCAGUGUCACCUUCACAGCCUCGAAGCGUGAAGAAGGCCUCGACCCUGUCACGGAUCCGAGGGACCUGAGCCUCGCACAUUUCAAGCGAAGCGUCUCUGUCCGUUUCUCCAAGGUUCGGAGUUUCAAGCUUGAGAUGCAGACUGGGCUAAGAGACAAUCACCAGGUCUUCCAGUUCGCACCCGAAGCACUGCUGUGCGCAGCACCUGCCGAGGGACGCCCCACAACGACAUUGAUCCCAAACCACUGGCUGCAGGAGCCCCUAGAAAGGAAGCGCGGGCAGGUUGCCCUGAUUGCAAGCGAGUCUGCAUUCCAGCGCUGGUUCGUCGCCGAAGGUGAUAUCGUGAACGAGGGCGAUCCUAUCUACAGCGUCCGAAAGUCCUCCGGCGAGAUCCAAGAAGUUCCAUCACCCACCUACGGCCAAGUGGUGCAGAUGCUCUCGUCUCUGCUGCCCGGGGAUGCUUUGGAGCCAGGCCUUAAGUUAAUAGUCAUUCAGAAAAAGGGCCGAGUUCUUUGGGUCGUCCUUGCUUGGGUCGCUGGCUUUGGCUGUGCUGCGGUGCUCGUGGCAGUCAAGUGCUGCUCCCAUUAUCCAGAGAAGCCUCCACCGAUGGUCUUGGACGAGGACGAUGUUGUCGUGCUCGAGUUCAGAACGCCCACCGGAUGGAUGCAGUCGGGAGUCUGGAAACAUCAGCCACUGGGGCUGGGCUUUCACAAGUCGCUGCCGGCCAUUGUCGCCGUCGUUGGCGACGAAGCGAAGCAUACUGGUGUGUUGGAGGGGGAUGAGCUUGUGAAGAUCGGCACGGAAAGGCAUGGGAUGCGACCGAUCGCGGACCACUCUUACGACGAGUUCUGGUCGGAGUUGAGUGCCUUAGUUUCCCAGCUUCCUGAGAUGCCACGCUUAGUCCUGGAGUUUGAGACGACUCAUGGCCGCGAGCGGCAGGUGGAAUGGAUCACCAAGCCUCUUGGUGUCUCCUUCGACGACGCCAUGCCCAUGCUCGUGACCGAGGUUCACGAGGAGGCCCUACAUCUGAACGUGCGUGUGGGUGACAAGCUGACGAGAUACGGAUUGGUUGAGGACAGAAAUCAGCUUCAGAGCAUGGAAGGAAAGAGCUCCCAGGAGGUCAAGUCGGCCAUCUCCAACCACCUGGCAAAGUUCCCAACUGCGAUGCGCAUGAUUUGCGUCUUCGAGCUGCCGGACCAGUCCUUACGGGAGUUCAUGUGGCACGCGCGGCCUCUGGGGAUCUCCUUCAACUCUUCCUCGCCACCCGUGGUCUCGAAAGUUGAAACUCCUGCAGACAUGAAAGGUGUAAAGGAGGGGUACAUAUUGAGGCGCUUCGGCAGCGACUUCCGAAUGCUGGAAGCAACAGACAAUAAGAGCUUCAACAGAAUCUUGGCCGACAUGGAGAAGUUUGCGAGUUUGCUGCCCGACGCCACAAGGCAAGAUGUGGAAGCAUGGUGA